AUGCUUGGCAACAGCGUGCCAGUUCCGCUGAUGCAAGCCGUCUUGUUGAAUGCAUUGAAGGCGUCCAUCGCUGUUCCGGCGAUGCCGCAUUCCAGGGCCAACAUGAACUUUGUUGGUACUUUCUACGACGCCGUCUGUGAGGGGAUCACGACGCCGGUGGUAGCAGGCAUCACCACAGCAAAGCUUUCAAAUGCAAACAUCGUGGAUAACUUGGACGGGUUGAUGCAAAUUUGCCUGACCUUCAUCGAAUUCCUCAGCAUAUCUGUGGAAGAUGAUGACAGAGCCAAGUUCACAGUUGAGUUCUGCUUGGCUCUGCGCAUGUUCAUGGAAGGACACGCGAAAACACCAGCGAAGGAGAGGUGUCUGAAAGUGAAGGACAGUUACUGGCCUGCAAAACCAGUGCUUCCACAUGGGACCGACGAGCUGUGCAAAUACAGCCGGGUCUGCCGUCUGAGGUUCUUCUUUUCCACCAGCCAAUUCCCAGUGAUCGCAUUCAAACUGGAUAUGAGUUGCAGUACCCUGCGCUGGUUGCGAAUGCAGGGUCCUGAAGUUGACCCAGCCUAUGCGGAGCUGCGCCAAGUUUUCGCAGUCUUAGAAGGUGCCCUGCACGACUGUCACUUCCUGCUGCAGGGCCUGCCGCUACUCAAGCGCGUUAAUUGUGACUUGAUGAGACAGUUGCCUCCCAGCCCGGAGCAGUCACCCUCCGCAGCGUCAGAUGCUGCUAUGGCCUCAGACGACAAUGAUGACGAUGCCGUGACCUUGAUCUUGGGCCAGAGCGAAGAGUUGGGAGCGAUGAUAGCACAGGCGCGCAAGGACUUCGACAACUGA